ACAGUUUGAAAGCAGCUGGAGAAAACGAAAUAGCAUAGCCCUUAGUUACUGGGAAAUUUUAAAAUCUGCAAUAAAGUCAAUCCUCACAGAAAACCUGUUGAGUAAAAUGCAAUCUCAGCAGAAAAAUCAAUCCAUUCGACCUUUCAAGCAACGGAAAAGCUUAGCCACCAGAAAAGAGGAAGUUGCUGGAUUCCGGGCAAAGUUCCCAAGCAAGAUACCGGUAAUAGUUGAACGCUAUCAGAAGGAGAAAUACCUUCCCGCGCUGGACAAAACCAAAUUCCUCGUUCCCCAGGAGCUGACCAUGACUCAGUUUCUAACCAUCAUUAGGAGUCGCAUGGUUCUGACAGCCACUGAAGCUUUUUACCUCCUGGUGAACAACAAGAGUUUAACAAGUAUGAGUGUGACUAUGGCAGAGAUUUACAGGGAUUACAAGGAUGAAGAUGGUUUUGUAUAUAUAACAUAUGCCUCCCAGGAGAUGUUUGGCUGCCCAUUGCUCAUGACCAAUCCUGAGCUACAGCAUAGCUUUGGCCCAGGGUCCUUCAAACACCUUCAGCCCACAUCUGGUUAGGAGGUAAUUGUCCUUUAAAUAAUUCAGCAAACUCUGACAAGUGGAAUUGGUUUUCUCCAGUGAAAAACAGGAUGGGCUACAGUAAACUGAAUAGAACCAAUGAACAAAAUCCAGGCAUUUGCCUGCUUUUGGUCAUUGAAAGUAUAAAGCCCUUAGAAAACAUUCAGAAUGGGAGUGGGUUACUUUAUAUAGUGCCUUCAUAUAAUCAAUCUUAUUGAAGAAAAGAAGACUGAAAGUUGAAAUUAUGUUUAAAUGUCAAACACUUCUACCGAGUCCCAGAGUAAGGAAAAACUUCAAUGGAGGCAUCAUCUGUCUUGUGUCCCACUUUGAGAAAAGACUAUACUUAAUCUUCUGAGUCUGUAAAGAAUCACUAUUCUACAAGUUAUCUCUGCUUGGUUCAAAAAAAAAAAAAAAGUCCCAUAUAGCUCGGGAAAUCCUGUUUAAAACAUAUCUGCAAAAUCUGCCUUUAUUAAAAUUUCUGCUGCUUUGUAUUGGUCCCCAGGUAGUCCCAAAUCCAUAACUAUUCAACUUUCAAAACAAUUUUUUAAAAAAUCCUCUAAAUACCAAAUCUGUUCUACUUCUGUGUAAUCCUUGACUACAGCUUUAAAUACUAGUUUGCCUCCUCUCAUCAGUAUCUCCAAAACAUUCACUUUAGUUUCAAUUGAAUUGUCGAAUCAGCACUUAUAAUGUCUUUAUCUCUUGAAACAUCCCUAUAACUUUAAAUGUCUUGCUUGAAUUGUUUGAAAAUUUUCCAAAUAAAUCACUUUGGUAAUGUUA